ACGUAAUAAACCUAGAUUUUUUUCCAUAUCUUUUCCCUGAAAAUAUUUUUAGCAGUGUCUGUCAAAUGCAUACCUGGAGGAUGAGUCUUUUGUUCCCACAAGAGUAACUCUCAUGUGUUAAAAUGAGUUUCUUUCCUUGAAUCAGUUUCUUUUGGCAUUUCUCGAUAUCUCUGCCAUUGUCUCAGCUGCCAGCUAAAUCUCCUUCUGUGUUUUUGAUUGACUUUUCUUUCCAAAUAUAUGCCUCAGAGAGCUAAGAGGUGGCACUGCUAUUUCAUUGCCCUCCUUCCACUUUGCCCAAUUUGAAAGUUAACCCACUGACCUCAGGUACAAAUUGCCUUAGCAAGGACAUCAUUAAACGCAUCAUUUCUUGGUAGAUGUACAAUGUACACCUAGAAUAACAGCACCCAUAUGGUCCUUGGAUAUGAGCAGUAAAUCCUCAUACACUUUUGCAGUUUCAUGAAAUUUUUCAUGAGCCUUCAGAAACUUUGUGGCCCAGCUGCCAUCUGUGCCAGAGAAUGUUUGACAAUGGCAAUUCUCAAGGGAAAGCACAUGCUCAUAUAUUUCUCAUGUGUUUAAUAAUCAUCCAAAUUUUCUUUAUAUAUCAGUAAUUAGACUUUCAAGGUAGAACUCUAAAACAUAUGAAAUCACAUCCUUUUUAGUGGUUUUCUUGAAAAGUAAAGUUAAGUGAUGUGAUCAGAGAUGUGUCUUGCAUCCUAAAUUUAAAUAUUUUUCUACCAUGUCUGUCAAUAUUAGUGGUAUAGAAUAACAUCUAGAAGACUGAAUCUAAAAUUAUAAACCAAUAUGCGGCAUAAUCUAGAAAACAACAUUAUCAUCUCUCUUAAUAGGCAUAGUCUUGGCACCAGAAAUCACAAAGAAUACUUCCAUAAUGAAGUGUGUUCAGUGUGACAGUAGUAGAGUUAAAAAUUGAUUAUUCUGAUGUAUUGAAAAAAACCCUAACAAACACAAGCUAACCUAUAAUCUGGCACUUCUGUGCCAGAAUCUGCCAUCCACAGGCAGACGCCAUGUUUCUCCAGGAGUGUUCAUAUUGUGAAAAAAGGUAUUAUAAAUAUCAUACUAUCAGUCUUUUUCUCAGCAUGGCAUUGAAGUUGGAACAGUUUAAAAAGCAAAGUUCAACAUUUUUAUAAACUCAGGAUACCAGAACAACCUCAAAGCAUUGAUUUUUUUUUUUAAUGAAUAAUAUAGUUAAUAAUGAUAUUGUUAAUAUAAAUUUACUGAAGGAUCUGCUUUUUAGUGUGGUUGAGAGAUUUUGCUCAAUAAGUUCUUUUUUGCUUAUGUUAUAAAUUCUGAGUUACAGAAGUUAAAACAAGGAAGCAUAAAGAUGGUGGUGAUAUUUUGCCGAGCAGAAAGGCCUAAGUUUUAUCAAAACAAAUCAUACGAGAGUUAAGGUAGCUAAACUGCAUGAGGCAUUUUAGUUGUAGAUUUAGAUUUUUCUGACAUUAAGUCAUAUUUCAGAAAACUCUUAGUUACAUUUCAGAUGCUUACUUACCUUUCUCAGUUAAAAACAAAAUGUGAUUUACAGGCCUGAAGUACCACAUUCUACUUAUGAUCUACAAGUUAUACUACACUUCAAGGUUUGAGUGCCUUUCUGAGAAUGUCCCAGGUGUGUCAUGGUCUGUGGGCUGGAAGGCAUGUAGGAAUUACCAUCCAGCUGUGUGGUGAUAAGAGAACACUAUGCUACCUUACCUCCCUCGCUAUGGAGCAGGCAGGCAGGGCUAUCACGGCCUGGAAAAGGAAAGGACAGAUUCAAGCAUCCACCUGAUUAAUAUGCAAAAAGCGGUAUUCAGCUGGUGCAAGCGCUUUUCCUGGAGUGAUUGGUUGUGCAUAAGGCGGUAAGUGUCAAGUCCCUGAAAUAAUUUGGUUUUAUAACAUAGGAAAUGCAGUUCCUUAUAUAUUAUACUCAGGUUCCUUCAUCCUUGGCCCUUAGACAAUUGACCUGAUUGAAACUGCUUUGGAUCAGAAACUGUGUUAGAUCAUUUUUGUAGGAAAAAUAAUAAAUUUUCUUAUUUACAUAUCUGACAAUUCUAAGAUGUAAUGUCAUCUUGUGAAGUAAUAGACUGUGUCUAAAGACUCAAAAAGAUGAACCCUUUCUGCUAGUGAUAAAGUGAUAAGCAACAUGAGGUGGAAAUCAGUACUAUAGAUCUUUGGACUAUUAAAUUCUAGAAGACUGGUAGAAUUUCAAGCUGCUGAUAAUAUUACUGAGGCACCCAAAUACAUUCCAGUAAUACUCUGAAGUUCUAUCUUCCCAGGCACUGAAUGCAUUUCCAUUUCCUCUGUAUGAUUUCACAUUGAAGUAAUGUAUUCAACUCCUUUCUGCUAUACCAUUUUGCAGUCCUAGCAAGGUUACACUUUUCCAUGGUACAGUAGUGUUAGCCCCAUCUAGUCUGAGAAUGUCAGUGAAAAUAUUCUCAGUAUAUAUCUUUCAUACUUGAUAGCUUUCCGCUUCCUUUACCCCUUCUUUCUUUACUAUCGUCACUAUUGACUAUGUUCUGUUAUUCACUGAUGUUUUUCCUUGAUGUUUAAUAUCAAUUGAGUGCAAUUUGAAGUAACUUCCCAGGCAUAGAAGGAUGUGAUGUUUUUUUCUGAAGUGAAGAUUACAUUACUGUAGAUUGGAAACCAGUAUUUUUCCACUCCAGUCCUUUGUGUGCCACUUCCUUCACUGACACCUGCUUCUGCUGUCUUUACCAUCUUUCUUCUUGCAUGUAGAUCACUGCUCUUUCUGGACUCCCUGCUAAUUAGAACUACAGAACAUGUGAAGACUCUGUGCAGUUCCUCUGCAAACAUACAUUUUAGCCCUAUCUGGAUGAUUUGCACCUUCUUACACUAGUUAUGUGAUUUUCACCACUUUGGUAGGCUAAAAAGAUGAAUCCUUCUUGGUGCACAUAGCUGCUCUAGCUGAAACUGAAUGUCAGAAAAACAGAAUCAACUCUUCAAACGCUAGCUCAGCUCCCAAGCUCCUCCACACUUUGACCAUUCUGUCUGUUCUGUCCAUCUGAAACCUUAUUCACUCCUCUCCUGUAUUCAGGAUGCAGGACUCCAGACAGAUUCCCUCUCUCCUCCGCCCUAAGCCAGAUGCGGUCCAUCAAGUCUUCAUUCGACUGGACAGGCCAACCUGAUGAAUGAACCAGCAAGGAGGGGGCCAUCUGAUAACACUCUCAGCAUAUUGGCAAAGCAUAGUGGAUUCAGCCGACAGAAGCAAGAAGUAUAUCUACUGCCAAUCAUAAUAAGCGAUAGUGGGAACCCUCCUAUGAGCAGCACUAGCACUCUCACUAUUCGAGUCUGUGGUUGCAGCAGUGAUGGUAUUGUCCAGUCCUGUAAUGUUGAAGCAUACGUACUUCCCAUUGGACUCAGUAUGGGAGCCCUAAUUGCAAUAUUAGCAUGCAUCAUUUUGCUGCUAGUCAUUGUGGUGCUGUUUGUAACACUAAGAAGACAUAAGAAUGAGCCUCUAAUCAUCAAAGAUGAUGAAGAUGUGAGGGAAAAUAUUAUUCGGUAUGAUGAUGAAGGAGGUGGAGAAGAAGAUACAGAAGCUUUUGACAUUGCAACUUUGCAAAAUCCAGAUGGAAUUAAUGGAUUUUUGCCUCGCAAGGAUAUUAAACCUGAUCUUCAAUUUAUGCCCAGGCAGGGUCUUGCACCUGUUCCUAAUGGUGUUGAUGUUGAUGAAUUUAUUAAUGUAAGGCUCCAUGAAGCUGAUAAUGAUCCCACUGCUCCACCAUAUGACUCUAUCCAGAUUUAUGGCUAUGAAGGAAGAGGGUCAGCAGCUGGUUCCCUUAGCUCAUUGGAGUCCUCUACAUCAGACUCAGAUCAGAAUUUUGACUACCUCAGUGAAUGGGGUCCUCGCUUUAAAAGACUUGGAGAACUUUACUCAGUUGGAGAAAGUGACAAAGAGACUUGACAGUGGAUCACAAACUUUUUCAAUGUUGACUUAAUGAUCAUGUAAUAUUCUAGGGCCACUGCUGUUAGUUAAAACUGAUGUGGCUUUUUGUUUUAGAGGCAAGUUUAGCGCCGGUCAUCUAUAAAAUCAAUUACAUUGUAAUGUUGAACCAAAAAAAAAAAAAAAAAGUAUAUGUUAGGAGGUUAAGUCUUGUGGAGUGUGAAGUAAAGUAUGUGGAGUGUCUAGAAGUCUUUGGAUAUUUGGUAUUCACUUGACCACUCUGAAGAUGGAGAUUUGGAUCUUUGAUUAUCUUCAGUGAAUUGAAAAGAACAAAAAGAAAUUGGUGCUUUCUUAGAAAACGGACUUGCAGGGAUUUUGCUGUUGAACAGUAUCUCCUGCCAGUAUGUGUAAAGCUAAUGGUUUGUUUCUGCAUUGCCAACAAAGAUCCUGCCACAGAAAUGUUAAAAGCAAUAUCAUGGUCUUCUUAGCAAUGCUGAAUAGAAAUAGCAUUGUAAUUUCCUACUGGCUUCUACUGUGCAGUGACCAUACAUUGUACAUACAGUAAUUGUUGGCCACGUAACCACAGACUGAAUAUCAUCUUUAAAUAUUGUGUCAAGCCUUAAAAUAUUCACAUGUUCUUAAUCCAUUCCAGUGAUGGGUAAUAAAGCCUACUAAUGUGCAGAGAUUCAGAGGCAGGGCUACAAAACCUUGUUUUACAAAAGGAUCUUUUUCUAGAAGAAGGAUCAAUCCUGUGCUUCAUCUUCUGAAAGGAAAGAAAAAACUGUGAAAGGGGAUGGACUUACAUAUAUGAAAGAAUUGCUGAUUUUAUUGCUAAAGAUCAAAUUUAUUUGUUUAAUCUUUGAAAUAAGUAUUUUAUUGAUGUCCAUUACUGCUUUUAUUUAUUAAGACUGAUAACAUAUAGAGUAAGAUUAUGAAGAAAACUAAAUUAUAUCCUUUAGAUUUUUUUUCUAUAUAUAAUGAAUGUUUAAUACAUGUACAUUUUGAAAAGAAAAAUUACAAAUUGUUGCAGGUUAAAGCAGUAACCUAUCCAUUUGCAGUAGCUGAAUUUUAAGAGAAUGCUGGCAGGAAUAAAACUUUCCCAGAGAAAACUUUUGACAGUUUUAUAUCUUCUUCAUAAAUCUAGUACCUGGUGUUUUUAAUACAAGCACAAACAGCUGGAAGUAAACUGGUUCAUGUGAAUAUUUAAACUAUAGACUUUUAGAAUUAUACACAUAACAGUACAGUAAAAAACAUGCUUAUAGUUCUCCACUGUAUUAGAGCAGGAACCAGUGUGUACAUAAUUUUACUGCUUAUGUUAUUAGCAUUUCUUUUCUAUAAUAUUCAUAGUGAUGCACCAGGGCUCUUGCACACAGAGAAAGAACACUAGAAGCUGCGAGCAUACUCAAUUUGUAAUGCAAACUUGCCAUUUAGAAGUAGCAAUUGUAUAAUAAAACUGCGUAUUACAUGCAAAUCAUUUUAAUUUUCUACUUUGUUUUGAAGCUAUAUUAUUGUUUGUUUAUUUACUCCAUGUAUUGUAUUCAGAGAAACUCCUGUAUUGUUUCCUACUUUGUGAAAUAUAUUUUUAUAAAUA